CUCUUCCUGGACGACGCAAGGAUAAAAAAUUUUACCUCAUGCUUCAAGGAAAAGAAGUUUCUGGAAUUUUUCUUUAAACGACUUCGCUUGAACGACGGCGAUCGCUAUCGGGAACACUUUCCAUUUGUAUCACCGUGCGGUCGCGAACGGAACUACGUCCGCUGCGAUGACGUUCCCAUCGUGUUCACACACGUGUACCGCGACCAGGAGGGAUCCGAGCGACUGGCAUACGCCCAUGCUGGUGAACUUUUGAACGUGCCGUGGGAGCCCACCCGGGUAUGUAUGUUUCCGCUGAGUGGACGCGUGUACCACCCGGCUCCGGUGCGGUACGGCUCGGUAGGACUGAUUCGAUCCAAACUGGCGAUCGAGUUGAGCAAAUACUUCACCUUCUUGCACGGUGAAGAACAACCGCCUACGCAUUUCACGUGGAACGGAGUUGAACACGAACUAGACAGGGACUGGUGGAAGGACACUUACAUUAACCAAAGCGACAAAUCGGUUGAAUAAUACUGUGACCCUAGCCAGGGCUAUGUGAUAGACAAGCUAAUUAGAAUUAUGUAAACAGUUUUCCAUUUUUA